UUGCAAUUGCACUUUUGGGAUUCGCAUUGUACAGUGCGGUCGCGUUGUGAGGCAAAUGCCGUAUUAGAUUUAAGUUAAAUUAAAAGUGAUCAUAAUUGGGAAUUUAACUGGUGCAAACAUAGAAACAUCCAAUAAAAUUUUUGCAAUUGAUCGUUCUAUCAGAUCGUCGUAAUCAUGUCGUGGAUGCCGCGCGAUCUGUCAUCCCUGUGUGCGGUCCACACGACGGUGACGAAUUGCGCACCGUCGACGUUCCUCUUCCUGCAGCUCAUCACCGCGUUAUUCGGCGGAUCGCGUGACAACAAACUGAAUCCGAAUCCGUUUUACAAUUUCGGUCAUAACAAUCAUGCGUUUGGUGGGCACGCCAGUGAGCUGGAGUACGACUUCAUCGUCGUCGGCGCAGGAAGCGCCGGCUGUGUCGUCGCGAACAGAUUAACGGAAAUCCAUCAUUGGCGAGUCCUGCUGCUGGAAGCAGGUGAUGAAGAGCCCGAGGUGGCCGAAGUGCCGGCGUUCGCGCCGGUCGGAUUACGAUCGAGUAUAGAUUGGGGUUACGAGACUCAGCCGUCACCUCGUAGUUGUCUGGCGCGGGACGGCGGAAGAUGCCCGUGGGCGCGCGGCAAAGUGAUGGGCGGAUCGUCGACCCUAAAUUACAUGAUCUACAAUCGAGGACAUCCCCUAGAUUACGACGAAUGGGCUGCCGCUGGAAAUCCCGGAUGGAAAUUCCGCGACGUUCUUCCCUAUUUUCGCAAAUCCGAAGAUAACCGGAACUACGAUAGAAUCGAUCCGUAUUACCAUGGCUUCGGCGGAUAUCAGACGGUCGAGAUAUUUCCCUAUCAGGAUUCGAACGUGUACUCACUCAUCGACGCCUACAAGGAGUUGGGCCUAGAGGAGUUUGAUCAAAACACCGACCGACAGAUUGGCACCAGCCUCUUGCAACACACCACGCGCGACGGCGAACGAUUAAGUACGAACGGUGCGUUCAUUAGACCGAUACGGAAUAAACGAGACAAUCUGGACGUGCGCACGAACGCGCAGGUAACUAAGGUACUGAUUGACCCUCAUAACAAGAUUGCUAUUGGUGUGCAGUUCCGCCAGAAUGGCAAGGUAGUGGAGGCCUACGCUCGAAAAGAAGUCAUUCUAUCCGCCGGUGCACUGAACUCCCCACAAAUUCUCAUGCUGAGUGGAGUUGGGCCGGCUGAUGAACUGCAGAAGUUCAACAUCGAUGUCAUCCAAGAACUUGCCGUCGGCUACAACUUGCAGGAUCACGCCACCAUGGACGGUGUCCUCUUUGGGCUCAAUAAAACCGCGACUACUGUAACAGACGAGGAACGCGAAGAGGAUAUUCGAUACUAUCAACGUACUAGACGAGGGCCGCUGUCAUCAACAGGUCCAUUGCAAGUCAAUGCGUUUGUUCAAACGUUAUUUGCCACCGGCGAUCGUGCCGACAUCCAGUAUUCCUUGGACGCGACUGAUGUGCGUAACUUUAUCACCGACCCUGUGCUGACGGCGGCGACUGCCGUCACUCCGCUUGCAUACUAUGACGGUAUUAUGGUUCGACCCAUUCUACUCAACCCAAAGAGUCGCGGUGUCGUACGGCUCAACUACAGCGACCCGGAGGGUGCUCCGUUACUGUUCGCUAACACCUUCCAAGAGCAGCAAGAUCUGCUGACGAUGGUGGAAGGCGUCAAGCAAAGUCUCAAUCUGCUGCGGACGCACAGCCUUGGCAAAUUGGGUUAUCAAUUAGUCGACGUGCCACUGCCGGACUGCACGCGUGAUCCUUUCGGCAGCGACGAGUACUGGCAGUGUUGCGCUAUGUCCUACACGACUACCAUCUACCAUCCUGUCGGCACGUGCAAGAUGGGGCCGAAGAACGACAAAUCGGCCGUCGUCGACGCCAAACUGCGGGUGUACGGUAUUAAGAAUUUGCGCGUUAUUGACGCGUCCAUAAUGCCAACAAUCAUUCGCGGAAAUACCAACGCGCCUGUUAUAAUGAUCGCAGAAAAGGGUAGCGAUCUCAUUAAACACGCCUGGUUGAAGGAGAAUAUAGACCUGCAUUCACUUCCACCGCCUUCUUCCUAUCAAGUCUCGGAAAAUGAGUAUCACUGAGCUUGCAAAUUCCUGUACAUAACCACUUUAUUUACAAAAUGUAUUUUAUGAUGCCCAAAACCUACAAAGAUCUGUUCCUCCGCUUCAUGUAUUCCUUUCUCGCUUAAAUUGAGAUGUGCAUCGAUUAAGUCAAAAUAAUUAUAUUAUUAUUACUUAAAUUAUCAACAUUUAAUUCCACAGUUACCAUAUUAUUCCAUAAUGUUGUGUAAUAAUCGUAAGCAUAAGUUGAUUAAUAGUUAAAAGUAAAAUUAUGUAAUUCCAAAUUAAAAUCUAUACUAACAUAUUUUAUGGUAAUAAUUUAAAAAAUAUU